UGUUUCUUUCAAAGCGGUUCAGACAUAACGCGCCGUUCAGCGGGGCGCACGGCGUAAAUAAUACUGUUUAGUUUAAUCAGAAAAAAGGAUAUUAAUCUAUAAACAGCAUGUAUGACCAAGACGAAGAUAUUCAGUAUGAUGAAGAUGAUGAUGAAAUCACCCCCGAUCUGUGGCAGGAGGCCUGCUGGAUUGUUAUCAGCUCAUAUUUUGAUGAGAAAGGUUUAGUGCGACAGCAGCUGGACUCAUUCGAUGAGUUCAUCCAGAUGUCUGUGCAGAGGAUCGUUGAAGAUGCUCCGCCCAUCGAUCUGCAGGCUGAGGCCCAGCAUACAACUGGAGAAGUGGAGGAGCCGCCCCGUUACCUGCUGAAGUUUGAGCAGAUCUAUUUGUCCAAACCCACUCACUGGGAAAGAGAUGGCGCUCCCUCACCUAUGAUGCCAAAUGAGGCCAGAUUGCGUAAUCUUACGUAUUCUGCUCCCCUGUAUGUGGACAUCACAAAAACAAUCAUAAAGGACGGAGAAGAGCAACAACAGACACAACAUCAGAAAACCUUUAUUGGCAAAAUUCCCAUCAUGCUCCGUUCUACAUAUUGUCUGCUGAGUGGCCUGACAGAUCGAGAUCUCUGUGAAUUGAAUGAGUGCCCACUUGACCCAGGAGGCUACUUCAUCAUCAACGGUUCAGAGAAGGUCCUGAUUGCACAAGAAAAAAUGGCCACGAACACAGUGUAUGUGUUUUCUAAGAAAGACUCCAAGUAUGCUUAUACUGGAGAGUGCAGGUCGUGUCUGGAGAACUCAUCCAGACCCACAAGCACCAUCUGGGUCAGCAUGAUGGCCCGUGGAGGACAGGGAGUAAAGAAAAGUGCAAUUGGCCAAAGGAUUGUCUCCACUUUGCCGUAUAUCCGGCAGGAAGUGCCUAUCAUCAUCGUGUUCCGAGCUUUGGGCUUUGUGUCUGAUAGAGACAUUCUGGAACACAUCAUCUAUGACUUUGAUGACCCUGAGAUGAUGGAGAUGGUAAAACCAUCUUUAGACGAGGCCUUUGUGAUUCAGGAACAAAACGUAGCUUUGAACUUUAUUGGCUCCAGAGGUGCCAAACCUGGUGUCACCAAAGAGCGAAGAAUCAAAUACGCUAAAGAGGUUUUGCAGAAGGAGGUGCUUCCACACGUUGGUGUCUCAGAUUUCUGCGAGACCAAAAAGGCAUAUUUCCUAGGUUACAUGGUUCACAGACUGCUAUUGGCUGCUCUGGGCAGGCGAGAGCUGGAUGACAGAGAUCACUAUGGCAACAAGAGGCUUGAUCUUGCUGGUCCUCUGCUUGCGUUUCUUUUCAGAGGGAUGUUUAAGAACUUACUGAAGGAGAUCAGGAUAUACGCACAGAAGUUUAUCGAUAGGGGGAAGGACUUUAAUCUUGAGCUGGCCAUUAAGACUCGCAUCAUUUCUGAUGGCCUUAAGUACUCGCUUGCCACAGGCAACUGGGGGGAUGUUAAAAAAGCCCAUCAAGCCAGAGCAGGUGUAUCUCAGGUGUUGAAUAGGUUGACAUUUGCAUCCACUUUAUCUCACCUGCGUCGUGUAAACUCCCCUAUCGGACGAGACGGCAAGCUGGCCAAACCCAGACAGCUCCACAACACACUGUGGGGUAUGGUGUGCCCUGCUGAGACGCCAGAGGGUCAUGCUGUAGGUUUGGUAAAGAAUCUAGCGCUCAUGGCCUAUAUCUCUGUGGGAUCUCAACCCUCUCCUAUCCUGGAGUUCUUGGAGGAGUGGAGUAUGGAGAACCUGGAGGAGAUCUCGCCUGCUGCUAUUGCAGAUGCAACAAAGAUCUUUGUGAACGGCUGUUGGGUGGGCAUUCAUAAAGACCCCGAGCAACUGAUGAACACUCUAAGAAAACUGAGGAGGCAGAUGGACAUCAUUGUGUCUGAGGUGUCCAUGAUCAGAGAUAUCCGUGAAAGGGAGAUCAGGAUCUACACCGACGCUGGUAGGAUCUGCCGUCCGCUUCUUAUUGUGGAGAAACAAAAACUGCUUCUGAAGAGGCGACACAUUGACCAGCUCAAGGAGAGAGAAUAUAAUAACUACAGUUGGCAGGACCUGGUUGCCAGUGGCGUGGUGGAAUAUAUCGACACCCUGGAGGAGGAGACUGUGAUGUUGGCCAUGACCCCUGAUGACCUUCAGGAGAAGGGCGUGGCUUAUUGCUCCACCUACACACAUUGUGAGAUCCACCCGUCCAUGAUUCUGGGAGUCUGUGCGUCCAUCAUUCCCUUCCCUGAUCACAACCAGUCUCCCAGAAACACGUACCAGUCUGCUAUGGGUAAACAAGCCAUGGGAGUUUACAUCACCAACUUUCACGUGCGUAUGGACACCCUGGCCCACGUGCUGUACUACCCCCAGAAACCUCUGGUCACCACACGUUCCAUGGAGUAUCUGCGUUUCAGAGAGCUGCCGGCAGGCAUCAAUUCGAUUGUGGCUAUUGCUUCAUAUACUGGAUACAACCAGGAAGAUUCUGUCAUCAUGAACCGUUCUGCCGUGGAUCGUGGGUUCUUCAGAUCUGUGUUCUACCGCUCUUAUAAAGAACAGGAAUCGAAGAAAGGCUUUGACCAGGAAGAGAUCUUUGAGAAGCCUACCAGAGAGACCUGUCAAGGCAUGCGACACGCCAUCUAUGAGAAGCUGGAUGACGAUGGUUUGAUCGCUCCCGGCGUACGUGUAUCUGGCGAGGACGUCAUCAUCGGCAAAACCGUGACUCUUCCUGAGAACGACGACGAGCUGGACAGCACCAACCGCCGCUACACUAAGAGAGACUGCAGCACUUUCCUGCGCACUAGUGAGACCGGCAUCGUCGACCAAGUCAUGGUCACUCUAAACCAGGAGGGCUACAAGUUCUGCAAAAUCAGAGUGCGUUCGGUCCGUAUUCCGCAAAUCGGAGACAAGUUUGCCAGCCGUCACGGUCAGAAGGGUACCUGUGGUAUCCAAUACAGACAAGAGGACAUGCCUUUCACAUGUGAAGGAAUCACUCCUGACAUCAUCAUCAAUCCUCACGCCAUCCCGUCCAGAAUGACAGUCGGCCAUUUGAUCGAGUGUCUGCAGGGGAAGGUAUCUGCUAACAAAGGAGAGAUUGGUGAUGCCACGCCGUUCAACGAUGCUGUGAACGUACAAAAAGUCUCUAACCUGUUGUCAGAAUACGGCUACCAUCUGAGAGGAAAUGAGGUUUUGUAUAACGGUUUCACUGGUCGUAAGCUCACCUCUCAGAUCUUCAUUGGGCCCACAUACUACCAGCGUCUGAAGCACAUGGUGGAUGAUAAGAUCCACUCAAGAGCCCGCGGGCCGGUCCAGAUUCUCAACAGACAGCCCAUGGAGGGAAGAUCACGUGACGGUGGGCUGCGGUUUGGAGAGAUGGAACGUGAUUGUCAGAUCGCUCACGGUGCAGCUCAGUUUUUGAAGGAAAGGCUUUUUGAGGCAUCUGACCCGUACCAGGUGCACGUGUGCAACCUGUGCGGCAUUAUGGCUAUUGCAAACACUCGCACACACACCUAUGAGUGCAGGGGCUGUCGCAAUAAAACACAGAUUUCUCUGGUCAGGAUGCCGUAUGCCUGUAAGCUCUUGUUCCAGGAGCUGAUGUCCAUGAGCAUCGCCCCACGAAUGAUGACUAGCUAAAUCGCCCACACACAUGAAUCAUGGGAAACAGGAAAAUCGGAUGCAUAAGGCAUAUUGUUAGGAAAAUGAUUUUGAAUGGAACCCAACAGCACUUCCUGUUUGCUGGGCUUGUGUAAUUUUUAUAUUUUGUCGACUCUCCAUGUUAUUGUUCUGGAAAAGCGAUGUUUUGCUUCCUCUCCAAAUAAAAAAGCUUUUUUUUAAAAAGUUAA